GUGUCUGUAGAAGAGAUCUUUGGGUAGGAGUGAACCCAAACCACAUUUGGCAGUCUUUGCCGGCGUUUUGUCAUAUCAGCCGCUGUUUAGCCCAAUACUGACGACUCACUCGACUUAAUACAUAAGUGGCAAUCGUUAGGCAAACUAAUCACAAGAAUUCAUUUGCAUCUCUCAGUUACGUCUCCGACUCUCUAAUCGUUCACAUCUUCUUCUUCUUGUUAUUUACAUUUUUGUGGAUCACUUGUGCCUUAAAUCCAUCCCAAAAGCUAUGGCUCAUUACGGUAUUCAGGCUGCGGUCACCGCCAAGACUUUGUCCAAACGAUCGCCACAAGUGGAGAAGGCUGUCAUCGAUUGGGUUUUUCAAACCAUUGGAGAGCCCGCGCCCGAGGGCUCCUUCGAGGACGCCCUUCGCGAUGGAGUGGCUCUUUGCAAACUCAUCAAUAAACUCAAACCCGGAGCCGUUGAUAAGAUCGCCACCGGAGGCAGCGGUUACGUACUGAUGGAGAAUAUCAACAAAUUUAUAAAAGCCGCCCAAGACUUUGGUGUAGCGCACGACCAGCUCUUCCGGACCGUCGACUUAUACGAG